GCAGAAGGCGGAAGCGCGGCCGCGCGGGCCGAGCAGGGACAUGGCCGCCGCCGCCGCCGCCCCGGGCCCGCCGCGCCGCGCACCAAGACCAAGCGGAAGCGCUUCGUGCCCCAGCGCCUCAAGGUGCCGCGGGCGGCGGACCCGCUGCUGGGCGUGUUGGGCUGGGGCGUCCAGCACCAGAUCAAUGAGCUAAGCCAGGUUCCCCUGCCGGUGAUGCUGCUACCCGACGACUUUAAAGCCAACUCUAAAAUCAAAGUGAACAAUCAUCUCUUCAACCGGGAGAACCUGCCCAGUCACUUCAAGUUCAAGGAGUACUGCCCACAGGUCUUCCGCAACCUCCGCGAGCGCUUCGGGAUUGAUGACCAGGACUACCAGGUCUCCCUGACACGCAGCCCGCCCCACUACGAAGGUGAGGGGAGCGACCGGCGUUUCCUCACCUCCUACGACCGGACGCUGGUGAUCAAGGAGAUCUCCAGCGAAGACGUGGCUGACGUGCACAGCCUCCUUUCGCACUACCACCAGUACGUGGUGAAGUGCCACGGGAUCACCCUGCUGCCCCAGUUCCUGGGGAUGUACCGGCUCAGCGUGGACAGCGAGGAGACCUACGUGCUGAUCAUGAGGAAUGUGUUCAGCCACCGGCUUGCCGUGCACAGGAAGUACGACCUGAAGGGCUCCCUGGUGUCCCGAGAAGCCAGCGACAAGGAGAAGGUCAAGGAGCUGCCCACGCUGAAGGACAUGGACUUCCUGCACAUGAGCCAGAAGGUGUAUGUGGAUGAGGGGCAGAAGGGUGACUUCAUGGAGAAGCUGAAGAGGGAUGUGGAGUUCCUGGUCCAGCUGAAGAUCAUGGAUUACAGCCUGCUGCUGGGCAUCCAUGAUGUCCUCCGGGCCGAGCAGGAGGAGGACGAGGAUCUGAAGGAGGAGGAAGAGGAGGGGGAAGACGUCAUGGCUGUGGGCUCCUACGGGACGUCCCCCGAGGGGAUCGGCGGCUACCUGAACUCCUACAAGCCACUGGGCCCCGGGGAGUUCGACCCCUACGUUGACGUGUACGCCAUCAAGAGCGCGGAAGGCGGGCCCCAGCCGGAGGUGUACUUCAUGGGCCUCAUUGACAUCCUCACGCAGUACGACGCCAAGAAGAAGGCCGCACAUGCCGCCAAGACCGUCAAGCAUGGGGCUGGCGCGGAGAUCUCGACCGUCCACCCCGAGCAGUACGCCAAGCGCUUCCUGGACUUUGUCACCAACAUCUUCGCUUAGUCGUUACCUGCCUGGAGAGGCCCCCCUCUUUCCCCCCGCCCCCAUCUCGUCUUGUCGGAGCUGAAGAUCAAAGGCGUCCCCUGCGCCCCAUCCCUUGGUCUUAGUGCCCCCCUCUGUUUGCUGGCCGAAGGGCUCAGCUGAGCUCAAGAGAAGCCUGGGGGCCGGGUGGGCUCGGUUGCAAACCAAGUGCCUUAUCUUUAUCUGCCCUCACUCGCCCAGCCGGAGGGGUCUCGGGCGGGAGAGAGGGGAAUGGAUCCUCUGACUGGGGUGCGGGGGGGGGGGCUGCUGGCUGAGGGGCCCUGUCUAGGGCUGGGGUCUGCAACCAGCCCUGUCUAAAGGGCGGGGGGGGCAGCCCAGGUCUGGCAAUAUGCAAUAAGAGAUUCCACCCUUUGGUGCCUUAGAGGGGGCAGACCAGUUCCUCCCUAGCAACAGUGACUCCCCCUCCCCCCCCUUCCCUGAGCCUGGGGUGGCAGCGGAUCCCCUCUCCUGCCCACCCCCCAUGUGCACUCUGUACUGGUUCCCCCCCCCCAACCCCCAGAAGGGAGAAGGUUCUCUUGGCCUGUCCCACUGUGUAAUUUAUUCCUAGGUGAAAUCUCCCAGCUGGGGUCACGGGGGGCGUUGUUAACACUAGUUUGCAUUGGGGUCCCAGCCCCUCGCUCUGCAGCCAUCUCUCCCCACACACUACGUCCCCCUGGGGUCAUGGCUGCUGCUGGCUCCCUUGGCGCCUGCCCCCAGCCUCACCCGCACGAGGCCACAAGCCGCGUUAGGUGCCGAAGCUGGGGUUCGAGCCAGGGCCGGGCUUUGGGCCACCAGCGCUCAUGUCUCUGAGCCGCUGGGGCCAGGACCUGCUCCUCAGCCCUGCGUGCCGGAGUAGAGCGACUGGACACAGAGCUGGCUGCCCCCGGCUGUGAGCACUCUGAGCCCAUAUGCAGGGCUCCUGGGGCUGGCGGGCCCUCCGAGGAGUUCCACCCUUCCUCCAGCAGGAGGCGCUUGCCCCUGCCUCGGGCUGGGGCCUGACCAGCAUUCAUGCGGCAGGGCAAGGCUCAUGCUGGAUUUCAGCUUUGCCUGCCCAGGGUCCCAGCGGCCCCAUGGAGGGGGCAUGGCGUCGCUGCUGCUGGGAUUCCUCUCCUGGCACCUGCUGCCCAUGGGUUGGGCUUUCCCCUAAACGUGGGGCUGCUUCUGCCCUUGGCCUGAGCCCUCCUCAGCCCUGGCUUGGCUCGGGCCGUGAGCUGACAGCUAGCCCGGGGAGGUGGGGGCUGGGGGGAGGCCCAGGCCGGGGCAGGGCUUGGGUGGGCAGUAGCAGAGCCGGCCUCUCCCCGGGCCUGGUCUGCAAUCCAUUCUCCCCACUGCUGCCUUGGGGGGGCCCACAGUAGAACAGGUCAAAGAGGUGCUCUGAACUCACGCCGGCCAGGCCGGACGAAGUGACUACUCCCCUACCCAAAGCGGGCAGGGGGGUCCGCAGGGGCUCCCAAGCGGGAGAGGCGGUUCCUUGCCCUCUAGCCAUCCUGCUGCGGGCAGUAACGCUCCGUGCUCUGGCCUGGGCAGGGCCCCGAUCCUGCCCUUGGGCCGCUCAGGGAGAGGGGCCCUGCCGGCUGGGCUGCAGGUGAGUCUGUUGUAUUUUUGUAAACUCUGGUGUAUUUCCCUGCCCUGUGUCUGGAUAGAAAUAAAUUAUUGACUGACA